UAUUUCUCAAUGAUUACUGAGAAGUAUAGUGUUUUUAUCUUUAUACACGGACUCACUGAUUAUGAAUUGUACGAAAAUUUUGAUUACAUAUUCGUAACAAUUUUAAUCGUAUACGUGUACGUGUGCGUAGAUAGAUACAUAGAUUACAGCCUAUUGUCGACAAUAAAAAAUAAAAAUGUAUUCACUACAGCUAUUAAGUUUUAAAAGAUAAUAUAACAGCGCGAGAUACAUAUAACUGUAAUAUAAGGAUAUAGUAGUAACUUAGUUUAUAAAGAAACAUAUUUUCUUUAUCUUUUUUAAUUUACCCGCGAAAGACUUCUAACGAUUGCUUAUAAAAAGAGUUCGUCGGGUUAUUGCAAUUGGGGUAUAUGCAACUCGCAGGAGUAUUGUUGCGGUGACAAUGUUUGCUGCAAAGAAUCAAAUUUCGUUUCGAACGCUUUAUUCCUAACGUAUGUUCAAUAUUUCGCUAAUGCAAAUGGUAAUGAUAAAUACUGACAAAACCUCGUAUCAACAGGGCUAUCAUUUUCUGGAUCAUAGUCGUUAUAUGCUGCUGUGUUUAUAUCUAUUGUAAUUCUCGGCGAAUUUAUGGAGUUUUUUUGAAAAGAUAUUUUAAAAUUAGCUAUAAUUUAAUGUCUACACCAGAAGAAAACGAUACAGGAGUUUGCAAUAAGCCAGGAAACGGCAAUAAAGAAUUAUGUUCUGUAAAUGUAGAAAACAAAGACUUGUCCGUAUUAGACAUUGUUUACGCAUAAGAACGACAGCGUGAAUGUUUAUCGCAGAAGAUGGCUCGGAACGCGAAGAAAAAGUUGGCGAUAUUCGCUGGAACAUCAAAGUGUUUGAUAUAUGCAGAAGCAAAAUAUUGUGCCUCUGAAAUCCCUGGAGAAGUAAAAUACUAUGAGUGUUCCAGAACCGAAUAUUGUUGCGGUAUCGGCUGCUGCGUAUCGCCCGGGUUGCAUUUUCAUCAUUUAUGGUAUUAUUGGAUAUUAGUUAUAAUAAUGUUCCUGGUGUGCUCCGGUGGUGGUUGGUGGUAUCGAUAUUGGUUACAAGGUAGAUACCGAGCAGCCGCGUCAGCCAUUCCGGCCAGAACUUCCACUCCGCGUGGGCAAAAUCCUCUUCGAGGACCUACUUGUCAGGGACAGAGAGCUCGUAUCACGUACAACUCAGCGCGGAACACCGUGUUGUUACAUCGUAUGUGGAAAGGUCCCCAAAGGAACGGAGCGGUGCCUGUUUACAACGGAAAUGCGACGACGUCGUCGACGAAUUAUCAGAACGUGAACGUCGUGUUGAACGAUGCAAACUGUCCAUACUACCAAUUAUACGGUCCACCUCCAAGCUACGAAACUGUGAUAGCCCAAACACGUGGUAAGAUAUCUACUAAUCCAGCUUGUUCGCCGGAUUCUACGAACACGCAGACGAACACGCAGACAAACGUGCAGUCGCCGAGCGUCGCGACGAACUCAAGCCUGCCACGGUGUUUCUCUUACGCUUGUAACUCUUCCGCAAGAUUGAAUAACUCGUUGGAGCCAGACGUGCAGUAUCGUCACGGUAGUGCCGUGCUCGACAAUUCUCGACAGCUCGAGAAUCCCGAAGGCGUUCCUUUCGCGCGAUUUCCGCAAUAUUGCCUCGGAACGGACGGACCGCUUAGGCAGAAUGCGUGUGUUCCUUUCUCCUAUCAGGAACGGCCGCCGGUCUUCGAGGAUAGUUUCGAUCGAAUUUAUCAAGGAAGUUCCACCAAUUACGUUCCGUAUUCCACGGAUAAAUCGUCCGACACUUCCGAUCCUGAGAAUCAGAAUUACGAGCCGAACGCGAAAAAAUACGCCACCGUGAAUGUCGAUUGUCCGGCUGGUAGUAGCAAAGACAUUUGGAAAGGCGUUUGGAAAACGAGCGAUCGUUCUAUUUUCAAGGUAUACUCGCGGCCGACUAGCAAUAAAUCGGAAAGAGGCCCGAGCGAAAAGGAACAGAGUCGGGGACAGACGCGCGAAAGUAGGUCCGAAACGGAGGCAAGUUUUUCAUCGGCGUUCAAUACCGAAUAUUCGAAUCGUACGAACGACUCGAAAUCGACCGUGAAUUCACCGGAAGACUUUGAGUCGGAAUUCACCAAGAGCGAUCGCGUGUACGGUGGUUCGUUAAAAGCGAUAGGUAAAAAUAUUGAUAAAGAAUAUUCCGCUGAAAACGCUUUGUCGAAAAUAUUGCCCCGUUCCUGCGACGGGCUCAUCAAUACCGAGCCGACGACGGCGAACGUCGGUGCGAGCCGUCGUAACGCGACCUCUUCGGAAGGUUUAUCUGCGGUUAAUGUUAGUCCAAAUUCUUUCCAAUCGAAUCCAUCCAAUAAUGUGAUAUUAGCGCGUUUCGACGCGAACGCCUCGUCCUCCUCGACCAACAACGUCGAGAACGAGACUAGCCGUUCGCGUCUCGUUAACACUGGUACAAGUACAAAUUCUGAUCUUGAAAGUAAACAUAGAUUAGACAGAUCGAAAUCGUUGGACUGAACACUGAAAACACUUUAUUAUUAUUAUUAUCUUUGUCAUCAUCAUCAUCAUCCGUAUACAUAGCGCUUAUUCUCGUAAACCUUAACCAAUUUAUGCGUAUCUCGCGUACGACUCGCGCGUUCAAGUCGUACACGUUAGUCGAAAAAUGUAAAGAUUUGUUCUGCCAGAUUUGCACCGGCGAUUAUGAAAUAAACGCGGUAUUAUUUUUUUAACGAUUCUUCGAAGCCGUACGCGACGAUUUCACGGUAUAAAAGAAAUCGUUUAAUUAAGAAACAAAGAGGAAAACGUUAAACGUUGGACGCUCGUUGAUCCCGUUUUCCGAUUUACUGCCCUCGAGACAUGCCCUUUUUUCCAGAGACGCUCUUAUAUUUUUACGAUUCGAAAAAUGCUUGUUUGUCUCGAUAAUUGAUAUACGAAAUCAGUCUGGUAUUCGAUGCGAUACCUUUUUGUUCGCAUUUGAAGAAGGGGCCCAUGGGAUCACUUAACGUCAACAUCGUUCAAUUUGUCCCCGUUACUCAUCGAUUACAGGGCAAUUUAUUAUCUACCGUUAAUCGACAGGUAUUGGCGCAGCCAAACGAGCCGUAAAUUCGUAUUUUUGUACGCGUCAGCGUUUAGAGAAAAUUAUUUUCUAUUCUAAUUUUUUUAGCACGUUCGACGAAUGCGUUGUUCAUUAUAGUUCAGUCUCGUUUAGUUUCGCUCAAUUCCGUGCUACGAAACGGGCUCGAAGCGAUUCCAGUUACGCACAAAAGCGUUCUCCGACGCUGUACUUGAUCGUCCUAUAUUGAUAUUGGUAUGCCAAUAAUAACUCGUUAGCGCACCUUUUUCUAAUCUUUGCACCUCGUCGAAUCACACUUUACGAAUCACGUAACUUUUCAAUAUAAAUCUAAUUAACAAGUUUAACCGAUAGGUGAAAUUUUACCGAUUGUCUCGUGCGUCGUAUUUUCUAUAACGAGAGUGUCACAACGCCACACCGAAGUGUUCGAUGACACUGAACCGCGGUUUUCUCUUUCAAACAAGAAUCGUUGCUUUUCAGUUCGAUCGAACAUCUUAAACGUUUUAUCGAUUUCUUAAUGUGCAUGUUUACGCAACUUGCGAUAUCUGAGGGUUAAAUCCUCUUCGAACUGCGAUGACCCUAUGCGUGUUGUUAACUUUAAGGUGUACGAGUGACGAGAGGUGGUCUGGUCUAUUCUAGUCUACUCUAGUCUAGUCUGGUGU